GUCGUCCUGACACCCUUAUUCAGUUAUUUAUUGAGCAAUCAACAGAAUAUAUACUGUUUUAUUAGUUUUAUUUCUAUUACAUAUUUUGUCCGCAAUUUUUACAAAUGAAUGUUAUUAUUGUACUUUCUAGUUGUUUAUUAAUAAUGUGAAUGUGUGUGUUUAUGGGACCUACAUAAACAAUGGGGAAGAUAAACAAUUCAUUCCUAUGGGGUAUACUUUUUGCGUCGGCAACAUGGAGCGUUUCCUUAUAUCUCUACUGGAUAAUGAAUAUGAAUGGUGAGAAUGUAAUAAAUAGGUCUGAGAACAAAAUGCUCUACCGAUUAGCAAAUGUAGAUGAAAAGGAUAGAAUAAAAAACAAUGACAGGGCUAUUGCUGCAUUGGAAGGUAAAAAUUUGCUCUCAGACACUCCACAACGCAAUGAUAGGUACUCUGGGAAUAUAUGGAAAUAUCAACGGAGUGGAGUUGAUUACCAGAGAAAAGUGAUGCUUAAACAGAAAUAUGCCAAACAACUAGGAUUGAAAUUGUCAGCAAACCCAGACAAAAGUUUGGAUGGUCAAGUUGGUUUGAUACGCAAUGCUGAAGAUGUAAGGUUGAGAGACAAAGGUUAUAAUAUGCAUGCAUUCAAUACUCUUAUAUCACAAAGAAUAGGCAAGCAUAGAGGCCUACCUGAUACUAGGAAUAAAUUGUGCCGAUUGCAAAAGUUUUCACCAAAACUACCUAAAGCGUCCAUUAUUAUUUGUUUUUAUAAUGAACAUUUUGAAACAUUAAUGAGAUCUGUCCAUUCCAUAUUAGAUCGUACUGAUCUAAAUAAUCUGAAAGAAAUCUUAUUAAUAGAUGACUUCAGUGACAUACAAGGCCUACAUGAUCAAGUACAAAGUGCUGUGAAUAAAUUAAAUAUUAUGAUGCGUAAAGAUGAAGAAAUGUUGGAAACUAAUAAUGUAGAUGAUAAUGUUAUAGUAGAUUAUAUAAAUGAUGAUAGUAAUGUGGAUAAAAAAACCACAGAUAAGAAUAGUGCAAAAUCAACUAGAAGUGGAAUGAAUAUAAGGUUACUGAGAACAAGUAAAAGGGAAGGGCUAAUUCGCGCAAGAUUAUAUGGUGCCGACAAUAGUGUUGGUGAAGUAUUGGUAUUUUUGGACUCCCAUAUUGAAGUAAAUGUGGAUUGGCUACCGCCAUUAUUAGCUCGUCUUGUUGAGGGCGUUGAUGAGACGAAUGUGAGGUUCUCGUCCAGGGCUGUGGCACCAGUUAUCGACGUUAUCAACGCUGAUACUUUUGACUACACACCCAGUCCUUUGGUUCGGGGUGGAUUCAACUGGGGAUUGCAUUUCAAAUGGGAUAAUUUACCUAAAGGAACUCUUAAAGUGGAUGAAGAUUUCGUGAAACCAAUAAAAUCACCGACAAUGGCAGGUGGACUGUUUGCCAUAUAUCGUGACUACUUCAAUCAUAUAGGGAAGUAUGAUCCCGGAAUGAAUGUGUGGGGAGGGGAGAACUUGGAAAUUUCAUUCAGGAUAUGGAUGUGCGGUGGUACUUUGGAGUUGAUACCCUGCAGUCGUGUGGGACAUGUUUUCCGUAAGCGACGACCAUAUGGUAUCAGCGAAAAAGAGGAUUACAUGUUACAAAACUCAAUGCGCAUGGCACAUGUCUGGAUGGAUGAGUAUGUUAACAAAGUAAUUGAACAUAACCCAUCGGCAGCACAUUUGGAUAUAGGCGAUAUAACAGAUAGAAAGAAUUUACGUGAACGUCUUCAUUGUAAAUCGUUCAAGUGGUAUUUGGACAAUGUAUAUCCAGAGAUGGAAUUAGGAGAGAAUACAGCCGAUAAAAAGAGAGUGGCGGCACUUAAUGAUCCUGACAAAAAUAAAUUCCAACCUUGGCAUUCUAGAAAACGCAACUAUACAGAUUCGUUUCAAAUACGCUUGAAGAAUACAUCUCUAUGCAUACAAAGUGCCAAAGAUAUUAAGACAAAAGGCAGCGGACUUGUUAUUUCUAGUUGUAUAAGGACAUUAAACCAGAUGUGGUUUGAAACAGCUAGGAAUGAAUUGGUGUUAGGACGUACGUUAUGUUUGGACGCGUCCAACAACGUUGCGCCAUCUCUCGGGAAGUGCCACGAGUUGGGCGGCUCACAAGAGUGGAAACACAAAGCAAGCGCGGGAAGUCCAGUUUACAACACGGCAGCUGGCAUGUGUCUCGGGGUCGACCGCGUGUACCGAAAUGAACCCCUGAUUAUGGUUAUCUGUGACAAUCGACCUACAAACCAGUGGGACUUUGUUAGGUCUUAAUUGACUACGGUUACCAAUUAAGAUCCGACAUUACUACAUUGGUUUAAUACAUGUACGGUAUUGUAAUUAAUACGGUCAACGAAUUUGAAUAUGAAUCAUAUUUUCGUUUUUAAUAAGAAACAUAUUUUAUUAUAUGUAUCUUGACUGUAUUGUUGUGAUUAAUGUAAGUAAUUUAUAUAAAAAGAUUCAGUGUUGUAUGUAUAUAUGUUACCAUUGUUGUUAUCUUGUCCGACACAUAAUUGCAAAUAUUAUACAAUUAUAUAUCAGUUAUACUAUAUAGAUACCAUUUAAUAGUGGACUCUUAUAUAACCUCAAUUUAAGAAAAAACAUGUUUCACGGUAUGGGUCUUUUCUAUAUUGUGGGUCUACAGAAUUAAUAGAGCUCUCUACAAACUGUUAUACAUAAAAUUGUUAUUAUAUAGAACACCACUAAGUGCUUACGAGCUGUAAUAAAAUUAUAUAUAUACAAAUCUCCCUCAAAAGUGACAAGCAAAUUAUAAAUGAAUUUAAUCAUUUACAGGGGAAACCACAAUAAAGUUAAUGAAUUCAAUUAAAUGACAUAUCAGCUUUCAGUUCAAAUACAUAUUGAUACAAAUAAAAAUUAAAUAAUAUAGAAAUUAUUUUAGAGAUAAUUAGAAAUCUAAAAUUUGAAUUUUAUAUUUGUAUACAUUAUACGCUUGUCCAGAUCUUCCUCUGAUAUUGUUCAGUAUUUUUAAGGCAGCUUCUUCAGUUGAAUGACUUAUACAUAUAAAACGUCAUAUUAUUUUAUUUAGUUGAGUUUAAUAUUACAAUAAAAAUUUAGACAUGGUUGUAGAUAAUGACGCGUGCUUUAACGCCGUCUUAUUACCUAUAUUUCAGGUUGUCUGUUAUUGGACAAUACUAGAUACUUAUGAUAUUUUAAUACGGUUGUCUUUAGUUAUCUAUGUAUGUGUAAAAUUAAAAUGAGUGACAGUACCUCUUCGUGUCUAAACUGUACUGAUCUGAAUCUAAAUUAGCAAGUUUGAAUCUCAAGUGUAGACUACGUGGGUGUACAAUGUCAAAUCAUAAAACGCUGUCUCGACGUCUGACUGAUGAGUGAAUUAUUAUUAAAUUGUAAUGUUUUAAAGAAAUAUAAUUACACCUCACUACAAAAUUUGCAUAAUAGAAAGCAUCACAAACAUAAUUUAUUGCUAUUUGGUUUUAAGCAAGGUAUUAUAGAUUCUAUGUGAGAAUUGUAUUAUUGUGACACCGUCUAAUGUUACUAGUUUUAAAAAAGUAUAAUUUUGAGACUGCGAAGAAAAUCUCUCUUUAUGACUCGAUUAGGAUAACUGUGUCUAUAAAUAUGUCUUGGCAUGGUAGUGUAUUGAUAAUUUUAUAGAGUCUUGGAAAGUGUUACGUUCUAUUGAGCUAAUAACAACCUUUCUUGAAUGUUUCUUUGAUGAUGGUUUAGUUAGAAGUUUGUGUUGUAUAUAAUAAUAAUAUAUAUACCGGAUGAGUUUGUGUACCCUCCGGAAUAAUGUCUCUAAUACGUCCAAGAAGACGAUUCGAUUGACAUUAAACUGUUGUACCUUUUUUUAACUACAAGACCUAUACUAACUUAUCUAACAGGGUAAGCUUCGGUGAAAAGAUUGAAGAAAUAAUUUGCACAAGUGCCUAUCAUAGGGUACGUCAUUAUGAAAAUGUCAAUUUAUUUUAUGUAAUUAUCAACAGAGUUAAGUAGUAGACAUGUUUGUACGACUAUAUGUAUGCUAUCGAAUUUGCGGAUCUUAAGAGAAUUAGUUCACAGUUGUACUAAUCGAAUUAUAACUCUGUGAAUUUUUGUGCAAAUUGGCCUAAAUGUUAAGUAGAAAAUAUGUACAAAUAUAUAAAUUUACCCUAUUAUUGGUAAAUUGGUACAAUGUCCGUCCUACAAGAAUCUUGUAUCAACUUUUAUGUGGUUCUUUACUUUCUUCAAGCUGAAAUGUACAAAGAAUUGCGUAACUGAGAACCUUUAUUAGAAUUUUGUAUUUGUCAAUUUUCAUUUGAAGGGCCAUGAAAGUUACACUUUCUUGAAUUUAUUUAUUUUCAUUUACUUGACACUUUUUAUAUUUACUUUAUAGGUACAUUCAUUUUUCUUUGUGAUUCUACGUUUUCUGAUACAGGGAUGUUCUUUUGUAAUAUUUGCGGUAUUAUUAUAUAAUGCUGUUACUAACAAAAAAGGAUAGAUUAAAUUACCGUUGAAACUGUGGAAUGACAAACUUAUUGAUUUUAGGUACUUGUUACAAAUGAGAAUUUUUAAUAACAGCAUUACAUAAUUAAGCCUAUGCUACACUUGUUCAUAUGCUAUUUUCUUCUAAAGAUUCUAUAGAGAUUGUUAUAUUUAGAUAACUAUAUAUCAUGUUUGACGUAUAUAUAUGUAACGUAUAAUAGAAAGAGCAAAUGAAAACAUAUAUUUAAUAUACGCUAUAGAAAAAUUGAUAUAUAUGUAUAUAUAAAUAUAUAUAUAUAUAUAUUUGUAAUAAGCAAUAUUGUGAAUGUUUAGUACAAAUUUAUUAGAAAAUCAAAUAUUGAUAUAGGAAUUAAUGCUGUACCACUAUCACUUAGCACGUUAACAGUUAUCCAACCUCAUAAAAUACAUGUUCACGGAUAAGUCCACAAUAUUUUAAGUAACAUUAGAAAAUAAAGUGGUCCAUGACAACAUGACAGUAGAUCACAUAAUCAAGGUGUUAUUGUUUUCUUUAUUAUUUAAAUCUAUAAGAUAAUUGAUUGGUAUAUUUACAUCUGUAACUUUUAUUUUUAUAUGUGGCAUAUUUAAUUAGCGGGGUCAAUUUAAUGGAAAAUAUUUUCUAACACAAUUUGGAGUUGUUAACAAUUUUGGAUAUUAAUAUAACGUCUGUCAUUUUAUAACAUUAAGAUGAAAAAUGAUAAUCAUUUAAUAGCAUUGCCUUUUUUAUUUCGACUUAUUAGUCUAUCUUUUAAAAACAUGAAAGUAAUAAAACAUUAUUAUAAAAUGGCUUUACAAGAAACUGAGAAUAUCAGAAUAGCUAAUAAUUUUCUAAUUUUCGUUAUUGUUUCUCUUAUUUAUUACGUCUUAACUUAACAAGUAAUCUGAAACCUUCAAUACAUAGACUGUAAAUAUGCCUUUCCACUGUUUUUUAUAUAGUUUUGAAAUUAUGCACUCGGUAAUUCAUACGUAUUUAGACAUAGAUAUAUGAGAAUAGAUUCUAAUUUUUUAGAAGAAAUUAUACAUAUAUAUACAAUAAAUCAUUCAGAUUUAUAUUAAUAUACGUAGGAUUUAUUUUUGAUCUAUUGAUUAUAAAUUUAAAUGUUAGUAAUUUUAUACUUAUUUAUAUUGUGUUAAGAAUCUCAUCCAGUAAUGAAUCUAUGAAAAGUAUAUAGAAAAUAUUUUAUAUAAUUAAGCGGUGCCUAUGUAUGUGAUAAAUGCGUAGUCCUCACAAAUAUAAUUCUAUAUGUAUAUUCAUACUACCAAUGUCGAUGCAACUAUAAGCAUUAAUUACGAUUAUAGGUAAAUGACAGUUAACAGCAUCUUACGAGCAGUUGCAAUUGUCAAAUUAGGCAUGUGUCCUAAAUGGACCAAUUAAGAAUAAGGUAAUCAGGUACCUAAUAACCUGAAUCUAUGAAUGUCCAGUAAAAUAGGUAUGAUUUGUUGUAAGAUUAGAGAGGAUAUAAUAUAUUAAGAAAAAAAAAAUCAAUCGCCUUGUUUAAGCGCUUUUUAGAUUCAAUAGUUUUUGCUAUUAUCGACAUUGGUUUCAGCACAGUAUUUUUCUAUAAAUAUAGUAAUUGCCAGCAGGCAGAAUAGUAUAAGUGAUACGAUGUCAGGUUCAAAUAAACAUUCUAAAUUAAUUACGUUAAUGAAGCAAUAUAUAACUAAUUCUUUCUGUAUGGUGUAUCCUGCAAAUAAUUUGUUCCUAGCCUAUAUAUGUUUUAGUAUUUUUUUACAAUAAAAGUAAU